UCUUUUUGGACGCAGGAAAUUCUCAAUCUUGACAUUUCCGAUUAAAGCUCGUCAGACUGGUCUUCUUCUUCCUUUUAUCGGAUCUCUAAUACUAGCCGCCGAUCAGUUUUGGGUAUUCAGGGUGCUCUGUUAAGAUGCUUGGAGGUAGAGCAAUCCAGCGGCUGCUGACAGCUAGACUCAAGUUGCAAAGCACUGCUUCUCCUUUGUCAUCUAUUAUUUCCAAGACAGAGCAGGAAGGUGUUGAAUCUGCCACCAUGCAAUCCUGGAGAGUAAUAGCCCUGUUUGGAGCAGGUGUCUCAGGGCUGUUAAGUUUUGCAACAAUAGCAUCAUGUGAUGAGGCUGAACAUGGUUUGGGCGUCCCUAGCUAUCCUUGGCCCCACAAGGGCAUUCUGAGUUCAUAUGACCAUGCGUCGAUUCGUCGUGGUCACCAGGUUUAUCAACAAGUCUGUGCUUCCUGCCAUUCCAUGUCCCUUAUUUCAUACCGUGACUUGGUAGGGGUGGCGUAUACAGAGGAGGAAACUAAGGCUAUGGCAGCUGAGAUUGAGGUAGUCGACGGGCCUAAUGAUGAGGGAGAGAUGUUUACUCGUCCUGGAAAGUUGAGCGACCGUUUUCCUCAACCAUAUGCAAAUGAGCAAGCAGCUAGGUUUGCUAAUGGGGGUGCCUAUCCUCCUGAUUUAAGUCUUAUUACCAAAGCUCGUCACGAUGGUCAGAAUUACGUCUUUGCCCUUCUAACUGGAUAUCGGGAUCCACCUGCUGGUGUUUCAAUUCGUGAAGGAUUGCAUUAUAACCCUUACUUCCCUGGUGGAGCUAUAGCCAUGCCUAAAAUGCUAAAUGAUGGUGCUGUCGAGUAUGAAGAUGGUACACCGGCAACAGAAGCUCAGAUGGGGAAAGAUGUGGUCACAUUUUUAUCCUGGGCCGCAGAGCCUGAAAUGGAAGAAAGAAAACUGAUGGGAUUCAAGUGGAUAUUUGUUCUGUCACUGGCACUUCUUCAAGCUGGUUAUUACAGGCGCUUGAAAUGGUCCGUUCUCAAAUCCCGAAAGCUGGUGCUUGAUGUCAUCAACUAGAUUUCUCGACUCCAAUCUUACCUGCCUAGGAGGAUCAUAAAUCAGGGUUUUCUCUAUAUUUCUUCUAUCCAUGUUAAACCAGCUCGAAAUUCUUUUUGUUUUUUUUUUUUUUAAUCUGGAAUGCGGGUGAGACAUAUUCUUUUUCUUUUAUGUUUGGGGAAUAAGGAAUUCACACUAGCAAUUUUUUCCUCGUUGGCCGGUGCUAAUGAGACAUGUCAAGUGAGAAAAUGUAACAUUUCUCGGUGCUUUAUAUACUCCAUUUCGAGUUGUUUAUGAAAA